AUGGAAGUACGCAAUAAACAUGACAAUGUGUACAUGUCAGGUACUAACCUGGAGAGCUCUUUCGGAAAGCCAGGACCAAUUGCGAAUGUUAAGUUUGAAAUGUCAUAUGUUAUGCCGAUGGAACCUCACACACGAGGACAGGCUGAUGAGCUGGCAGUUCCCAAGAGGUUAAUGCCCUACCGCCAGUCACGUUCUACAGUAAUCCGAAGUACGAAGCAACAGAGUUUUAUUAGAGUUGAUUCCGGCUUGUAUGAUGUUACUAUCGAGGUGGAAAGGCUCUGUCAACCACAACCUGUUCCAUAUAUUUCUCCAAAAAGCAAGUUAACUGCUAAAUCAAUUGUUGGCCACCCACUUACUGUUGACGUGCUAGAAGGUGGUGCGUUCAUUGAAAGGAGGCCACGUGGAAGGCCGCGCACAAAGAAUGUCAGUCCGCCGCAGCUGAUCCCACAAGUGAAAUCACGAAAAUGGAAGAAGCUCAAUGGUUCAUCGAGAAAGACCAGGAAGUUGUCUUCACUUAAUUGUUCACCAGAACCACAGGAGAAACAGGAGAAACUGGUGGUCAACAUGCUCGCCAAACCAGUCUUAGCAUGCGUCCCACUGAAGGUGGUGUUCAGCAGACUGAAUGCAGCAUUAAAUAACUCAAUCUGA